CCCUGCUGCUUGAGGUCCCAUUCCCACCGACUCAAUAAUGUCUUCUUCUCCAACUCUCCCUCAUUUCUAUUUUCCAUCUCUUCCCUUUAGCUGUCGACAGUAUUGUACCUGAAUCUGGAACCCCCUUCAUUCUCCAUUUAUUCUUCGUCCCUUCUGAAAGCACAACUCUUUAUCCGGCCGAAGUUGCUGAUUUCAUUACAGACAAAUGGGAAAAUGACAGCAACUCGGCAAUCUUCUUUAACAGCCGAAGCUCUUUAGAGAACCGCCUCAGCUGUGCUCUGCUGACGUAUCAUGGGUUCUCUCCAGCAUGAAACGGAAGAUAUGCAUCCCGAGCUCUUUCUAAGUUUAGGGUUGGCUGAGCCAGGGAAAAAAGUUGUUGAAUUUCCAUGCGUGUUAGCUCUCUUUUCUUCAGCCCUUGAGAGAAUUAUUCAUAAAAAUGAAGAGAUCUUUGGAUCGAUGAAAACAAAAGAUAUUCUUACCAUGUUUCAUGGGCUGAGAGCACCUAACAUUGGAAUAAAAGACUAUAUUGAGCGCAUUUUUAAGUAUUCAAAGUGCAGUCCUUCUUGUUUUGUCAUAGCCUACAUAUACAUUGACAGGUUUCUUCUUCGGACAGGCACUUACCUCACUCCCCUAAAUGUUCAUCGCAUGCUCAUUACGGGUAUUGCUGUUGCAGCAAAGUUCAUUGAUGAUGCAUUUUACAAUAAUGCUUACUAUGCGAGGGUUGGGGGUAUCACCACUACAGAAAUGAACAGACUGGAGCUAAACUUUUUGUUCAGCUUAGACUUCAAGCUUCAUGUUAGCGUAGAAAAUUUCAGGAAAUACUGUGUGCAGCUUGAAAUGGAUGCAAGAAGUUAUCAGAUAGAAAAACCGCUCUGCAAAAGAAAAGAGUGGACUAACAUCGAAGAUUCAAAUUGCCAAAUUUCUCUUCAGAGAUGCAGCUAGCUACCACACAGAAUACUGGCAUCUGUUUAAUCUGUAAGAGUUUCCAGGUCUUUGUGCAUGAAUGUCUUUUACGCUGAAAUUUUGUAACUGAAAUUCAUACUUAUUUAUUUUAUUUUAUUUUCUUGAUUUUAUGUUGUUUCAGAAUGUGUCGAUCAAAUGCAUUUUGCCUUUUAUGUUUGACAGUUAAGCUUGAAAUACAGGAGGUUUAGUUGAAAGCAGUGGAUCUUUUUUCAUGCCUAAAAUUCUAUGGCGCACAAUAGAAGAAUAUUUGGAAGCCCAAAUAUAUGCCUUUUAGUGAAUAUGAUUGGUUGGCCCUUUCUCAA